AUGUCAGAAUUCAAGGAUAUCGGAUUAAAUGAUCCUGAAAACAAACGCGCUCAUAGUGCUAAUAGCGACAUGGACAAGUUAACAGAUGAUUUUCAAGACACAGAUUUUAAGGGCGGGACCCUUUCACUUUCGCAAGACCAAGAUUUGUUGACUAAUACACCUUCCGCGUCUAAUCCGAGCAGUGUGGAUGGAGCUCUAGAAAAUGCAGCUGAGCAUUGUCGUCCUGUUGUUUUGGAAAAUAUUGAUGGAGAACUAAGAGGGGUGUGGCUGCUUACGGAGAUUGACCACUGGGACAAUGAGAAGGAGCGCUUGAUUUUUUUGACAGACCACACCCUCAUCAGCUUGAAAUAUGAUUUCAUAGCACAGAAAUUGUUGGAAUACAAACGUUAUCCAGUUACCCAGUUUGAUCAGAUUGUUGUUGGAGAACUAAAGUAUCCCGAGAAAUCUCUGAUGCCGAGAAUUAAUGAAGCAGUUGGCUUUGUGAAAGAACAAGUUAUACCCAAAAUUCGACAGAUAAGGCCGAACUCUCAGCCUGGUCAGCCGCCUUUGCAGAGUCAAAAUGAAGCCACAGACAAAGCAAACCUGCUAGUACCCAGUCCACGACAUCAAAACGGUAUAAAAUGCCUAUGGAAUCAAGGUCAACCGCUUCCCCUCUUAAAGAACUGGAAUCCAUGGUCAAGGGAGAUUCCAUGGAUAACCUUUACCUCUCAUCCUCUGGUGUGUCAGGAAGGUGGAAACAAGGCUGCCUUCGAUGUCAACGACUUUACUCGUACCUUCGUCCAGCAGAUAGAGAGAAAAGGUACCGGAAAUCCCGAGUCCCCAAAAACUGGUGAGGGUACGGUAAAAAAAUGUCAAAUUACCUACGAACCGAUUGUUAUCGAAAACUAUGCAGGAUUAGCAUCAGCUUUUCAUAACGCUAAUCAGUUUGGAUUUUUUAAGCUGCAUGAUGAGAUUUUUGAGCUCCAUGCUUAAGUUGUUCUUCGGAAAUGAAGAAGACUGGUCGUGAAGCCUGAAAACCUCAUCUAGAAACCAGAGGAGCAGCAUGUGGAGUCCAUAAAAAAAUACUGUAAACACAUUUAAUAUAAUAUUGAAUUUCAACAAGCCAACAAUAAAAACAAAACUGAAAUAACAUUAUGCUUACUCUUAUCAAGUACAUUUAUGUUAUAGAUAAAAAUAUACAAGAAAAAAAAAGGACAAUAUUUGGAAAAUAUCAUAAGCUACAUAACUUAUACAUAUAUUUAAUAAUACUACCUACCACACACAAGUUCUUUUCUGUUUUUUGGCUUUUAUUUUUUUGACACAGUGGAUAUAUAUAUAUAUGUAUAUGUAUAUAUACUGUCACCUGCUUUAUAAGCAUACUUUUAAAUUUCUAUACUGCUUUAUUAUCAGCGACAUCUGGGAUUUUUAUUAUCCAACACGUCAAGAAUGAGCUACAUUUAGAAAGGGUAAGUUACUAACGUCACUAAAAAAAAAAAAA